AUGUCCAGGACAUUGGUGAUGCAUAGUCUCCUUCGUGGUAUCGUAUGUAGCCAGCAGUCGAAUCUUGGAGAGCGAUCGAACGAUCCGUGCUUGGACCGCAGGCAGAGCUACAUGGAUGAUGGCGCAGUACUCGGAGAGUUUGAGCUCGGGCCGCCGUUUCACCCGACGAACCUUCGGAGGAAGCAGCCGUGGACUGCAUUCGUCAAUGCGAUCAGGCCAAGUCGUCGACUAUCUUCUACCCCCAGAGCUGUGCAAUGGAAAUGCAACGACAACACCACAGGAUGGAAAGCUUUGCUCGGUGAUGCCGCUGGUAGCUCAGAUCCAAGAGCAGUCUUGGAAUAUGCUGCUCCAGCAAGAGCUGAGAAUCUGGUCAAUCUACCACCGACCUUUAUCGAAUGCGGUCAGCUAGACAUCUUCGUCUUCGAGGACGUUGCUCUUGCAAACCGCCUGGUACAAGCACGUGUGCCGGUAGAGCUCCACAUCUAUCCAGGCCUGCCGCACGGCUACCAAGGACUGGCGCCCAACAUAUCUCUGACACAAGCGAGCUUGGCGAACGUCUUGAGAGCGAUUGCGAAUGCUUGA